AUGAAGGUCACCACCAUUGCCGUCGUUGCUUCCAGCAUCUGGUCCGUAACCGCCCAAAACCGCGCCGACUUCCUGCCCGAGUGCGCUCUCAAGUGCCUCGACGACGCCACCCAGAAAGUGACAUCCUGCUCCCUCACCGAUGCCGUGUGUUGGUGUGUCCAGAAGAACUACGAAGACAUUUACAACGCCGGCGUUGCCUGCGUUCUCACGGAAUGUGGAAACGACAAGGCCCUGAGACAAGUCCUUCCUGGCGCGGCCAAGUUUUGCGCGGCGGCGACUGCUUCUGCCCAAGCUGCGAGCAGCACCCCGGCUCCCACCGCAACAGCGUCGCCGUCCUCCUCGGGUGCGACUGGUAACAACACGGCGACCAUCACGAGUUCAGCAGCUUCGUCUGGUGGUUCCAGUAGCUCUACGGCCACGCCGUCGACCGCAUCGCCAGGAGCAGCGGCAACCUCAGGUCCGAUCGCCGGGGCUGCAAUCUUGUUUGCUGGUAUCUUGGCUGUUCUGUAA